GUCCUCACUCUUUCAUCCUCUGACUUCUCUGAACACCUUGUCACCAUGGGUAACGACCAGUCCCGCACCGCGGACAAGGAGGAGCCCGAGGAUGGACCUAUAGAUUAUUACGAGCUUCUCCAGGUCGACAUCGAGGCAACACCAGAGGAGAUCAAAAAAUCGUACCGCAAGCUUGCACUUGUCAACCACCCAGACAAGAACCCACACCGCGUGGAGGAGGCGACCAAGAUCUUCGCCGACUUGCAGCAGGCCUAUGAGGUCCUAUCUGACCCCAACGAACGCGCAUUCUACGACCGUCACAGGAACGACCACAUCGAGACGAACGACGACGAUUUCUACGACCAUGUCCGUGCCGGCGAUGCCGGCGUUGCAGACCCCAAGUCCAAGUUCAACAGGCGCAAGCGUGGGGAUCCCGGCAUCAAGAUUGACCAGCUGAUGCGGUUCUUUGACCCAAAGCUGGCGCGCAAGAUGGAUGACAGCUCUGAGGGCUUCUACUCUGUCUACAGGACACUCUUCAAUGUGCUCGCCUCGGAUGAAGUAUUGCACACCCCCCAGGACGGCGUGCCCGUGCACUAUCCCUCCUUCGGCGAUUCCACAACACCAUACGCUCCGCCACCGGGCCUUACUAAGGCCGAAAGGGCGCGUUCCAACUGGGCGCGCGACUUCUACACGGCCUGGGGGGAGUUUACAACUGAGAAGCGCUUCGAGUGGGUCGAGAAGUGGGACACACAUCGCGCAGAAACUCGCGAGAUCCGCCGACUUAUGGAGAAGGAGAACAAGAAGGCCCGCGAAGAUCACCGCAAGGAAUACAUUGACACGGUCCGCACUCUCGUCUCCUUCAUCCAGCACCGCGAUCCCAGGUUCAAGGCCUAUCAGGCCGAGGCGAAGAAAAAGAAGCCCGCAGGCUCUGGUGCCUCGACUCCAAGGAGGGCGCCCCGUGUUGACGCGGAGGCGGCCAAGCGGCGCGAGGAGGAGAGGAUGCGUGCCGCGGAAGCUUUCCAGGAGCAGGAAUGGCAGAAGGUGAAGGUGGCCUCUGACGAGGAAGACGAGGCGGACGAAUACGCCGAGGAGGGCGAUGGCACAGGGAUCCGGAUGGACGACGGGGCAGGAGGCGAGGUCUUCGAGUGCGUUGCGUGCAAUAAGACAUUCCAGAGCGAGGCCAGCUGGUCGAACCACGAGCGAAGCAAGAAGCACAAGCAAUCGGUUUGGCGUAUGGCGAAAGAGAUGCGGGCGGAGAAUGCUGGCUUCGACGAGGAUGAUUUCGCUACGCCAUUGGAAACGCCAGCUGAAGAGUUCAAAGAGGCCGAGCUCGAUGACGAAGAGCUCAUGCUCGAGCUGGAGCAGCUGGAGGAGCUUGACCUGCUCGAGGCUGAGGAGAAGUCUAAGCUGUCCGCCAUGAAGGAGGCGAAGAAGAGGAAGGAGAAGGCCAAACCCAAGCCUCCUGCGCCCGUCGAGCCCGAACCUGUGAUCGAGGCCAAGCCUCGCGCUUCUUCGCCCAAGAAGGAGCUGCCACGAAAAUCAACGCCCGCCAUUGACGAGGACUCAGACGCAGCGUCAUCUAAGCAGGAGAUGUCCAAGCGGGAUAAGCGGCGCGCACGCGAGGUGCGCAGGAAGGAGGAGGCUGAGGCUGCCAAAGAGGCGUUCAAGGAGAAGCGGAAAGAGGCAAAGAAGGCCGCUAAGGCAGGGCUUGUGCCCCCGCCGUUAAGCGCGAAGGAGAUCGAGAUGGAGCGCGCCGCGAAGCAGUUCAUUCAGCCCAAACGAAAGGGCAAGGCACCCAAGAAGGCUGAGAAGGUCGAGAUUACGGACGAGGAUGUUCAGCGCGCGGUGGAAGACGUGCAUGGAUUGCGCACAAAAAUGAUCGAAAAAUGGGGCGAGGAGUGGAACGCGUUGAUGGAGCGCCUCCGGCCACUGCUUCUUAACGGCGUGCAGCAACAACUCGCCAUACUCUGUCUCGGACUCGGAAAGCCUUGCGUGGACCGCACGGCCAAGAUCCAACUUGCCCUUGCCCUUGAGCUCGCCGCAGCUUUGGGGACACAUCCUUCGUCUAUAUCGGCCUUCGAUCCCGUCUUCGAUGACGGCGACAAGCGCGUCCUCUCCUCCCUCUCCUUGACCAUCAUCACCGAGAACUUGAGAGGCGAGCACGAGCUCACUGGUCCCACGCUGGUAUACAUGCCGCAUUGCAGCAAGGCGCUGUACGAGGCGUUCUUUUCCAAGAACUACUCCCCGCGUCUCGCCAGCCAGACGGUGAUACUUGGCAACGAUUUGGGCGAGUAUCUGCCUGGCUUUGUACGUGAGACUGGAGAGGGGGAGAGGGAGGAGGAGGAGUUCCAGAAGCCCAAGAAGAAGCGUAAGAGCCGUGCGGCGCCACGUAGCUACGAGGACGGAGUGUUACGCCGCCUCGUACCCAACUUUGAGGUUGCCCCCAUGUCGGUGCUGCCUGAGACCAACUUGCCAGGCUUUGCACGGGCGUUCCUCAGCCUCGCAUUCCAGUGGCUACCAGCUGAGAAUGUCGACAAGGUGGACUGGGAAACGCCGUUGCCGGCUGUGGUAUGGCCAGACGACGGCGAGGUGGCUUAGGCGAGACCUCAUCACAAUUCAUGCAUAGGCGGGGGGGAUAUCAUCUGCCCGGAGAUAACCGUGCCCAAACGGUCGACGCCAACACAAUUCAUAGUGAGACACCGACGUAUCCCUUAGACCCAGUCCAGAUACAUCCAUACGCAGCCUGCUGUAUCAAUCGUACCCCUGCGCCUACUUAUUUCCCAUCCCGCAGCAUCGCUGUGCCACAUAUUGUAGUUGUGAGUGCAUGGGAAAUGUUGUCGUCGACUGCAGUCCUCACGGGUUCGGAGCGCCACUUGGCACCGUGUCCGACCCGAGACAGGGAUCCCUGGCCUCAGU